AAAGAUGGGUUGGUGGAAGGCCAUGGGCGGUUAGUAUAUUAUCAAAUCAUUUUUCAGGUGGUGGUGGUGGUGGAAGGAGUGGGUGUGAUGGCGUUGGAGUUCAGGUCGCAGAUGGACGACGCGUGGUACGACGCCCGGAUAGUGAUGGACGGCUACGAUUGCCUGAGGGUGAAGUUCAUCGGCUUCCCCGACGACCACGACGAGGUUUUCGACGCCAAUAACUUAACUUCCUUCAAAGAUAUCGCCGAGUUCAGGCGCCGGUUCAGGCCGGUGUCCGUACAGGUUCAGGAUAAUGAGUGCUCGCAGGUAGCAAAGGGCACGCUCGUCUGUGUCGCCCACGCAAUCUGUCCCGACGACCGCCGCUUCUACGACGCCGUCGUCUACAAGGUUUUGCAUGAGGAACAUCGGUUUGUAAAAGGAGAAGAAGAAUGCCCAUGCAGCUUCAUUCUCUUUUGGAGACACGGUCCAAAAGCUGGGUGUUUAACUGUUCAAGAUCUUGAAAACAUAUGCAGAGUCCAGCCUCGUAGAAGCAAAAUGAAUCCACUUCUGACCUCUUUUCUAGAAACAGCCAGGGAGAAAAUUGAAAUCACCCUUUCUAAAAUUUGUGCAACUCCUCAUGAAGCUGCCUAUGAUGAAAAAGCUUGUAGGCCCAGCGUUUCUCAACGUUUAAAGCAGGAUACAAGCACUUCAAGGCGACCCUCAAGCCUUAUCUCGUCUCUUAAAGAAAUGAAUGGAAAUCCUUCGCAAAGGUCUGGACAUGUCAGGGAGAUCGAAGGGAUCCCCCAUAUGAUAAUCGUUGACAGUCUUGACAGGGGUUUAUCACCGUUAAAAAUUGUGGAAUUUAUACAUAAAAAAGUUUCAAUCUCCUGUGAAGCAUUUGUUUUGCCAUGUAUGUCGUCUGAGUGGUAUACUCGAGGAACCAUUCUGGUGGACAGCAAAACGAAUGUUGACAAGUUAUCUGACUUUCUGGAGGGUCCCGAUCACAUCAUCAUCUCCUCAAGUGGAAGACCUUGGGUGAUGACUGAGAAAACACGGGUACAUGAGCCAUCCAUUAAAAACUUCAUGCUUAUAUCUCAGAAACAACAACAAAGUAGAAGAAGUGAAACUAUGAAUGAACUGAAGGUGGUCGCUUCAGGAACUGAAGAAUACAAGAAAGCCAAGCUGCGUAAAGAUUUAUUUUGGGAAUUUGCUAAUCAUCAAUGCCAACUUCACCAGAGGUUACUGAUUGAGGAGGGAAGGAUCUGGCAUCUUUCCAAUGCAAUGCAGAAGAGGUAAAUGCUUUUAAAGCCUGAGUUCCUUGAGUAAUGGUUAUUGUAUUGUUGUACAAAUAUACAACAGCUGUAGUGAAAGUUAUUAUAAUUAAGAUUGCCAAGGGGACUCCAUGAAAAGCUAAUUCUGACAAGCAAAUGUAAACAUUUCUUACAUGAGAUUUUGAUUAGUAAGAAAUUAAUAUAAAUAUAUAUAUCUGAAUUUA